GAAAAAACAAAAAAGCCAGCAAAAUAGACACGCUUGCUCGUCUUUCUGUGCAUUUUCUUUCAUUCUAUCUUUUCUGUGCGUCCCUCCCAAUCUGUAGCUGCUGCUGCGGCAGAGAAAUUGGUAGAGCAACUUAAAAGGACAACAAAAAACAAAAUGGCGAAAUCGAGCGCGGAUGACGAAGAGCUAAGGAGAGCCUGUGAGGCAGCAAUUGAAGGCACUAAGCAGAAGAUCGUGAUGUCGAUCCGCGUCGCUAAAAGUAGAGGGAUCUGGGGCAAAUCUGGAAAAUUAGGUCGUCAAAUGGCCAAACCUAGGGUUCUUGCUCUUUCCACAAAAUCAAAGGGUGCACGGACUAAAUCAUUUCUUCGAGUCUUAAAAUAUUCAACUGGUGGAGUUCUCGAGCCUGCAAAAUUAUACAAGCUGAAGCAUCUUUCAAAGGUGGAGGUCAUAGCUAAUGAUCCUAGUGGAUGUACAUUUACCCUGGGUUUUGAUAACCUUAGAAGCCAGAGUGUUGCUCCACCCCAAUGGACUAUGCGCAAUAUUGAUGAUAGGAAUCGCCUUAUAUUUUGCAUCUUAAACAUCUGCAAAGAUGUACUUGCCCGUCUACCCAAAGUAGUUGGCUUGGAUGUCGUGGAGAUGGCACUUUGGGCUAAGGAAAAUACACCUACAGUUACCAAGCAAACUCGUCAGCAAGAUGGAAAGCCUGUUGUGGCUACAGUGACAGAAAGUGACUUGAAAGUGAGUGUUGAAAAGGAACUCGUCUCCCAAGCUGAGGAAGAGGACAUGGAGGCCCUCCUUGAUACCUAUGUCAUGGGUAUUGGUGAAGCUGAGGCAUUUUCGGAAAGGUUGAAGCGUGAACUUCUUGCUCUUGAAGCUGCCAAUGUUCAUGCCAUCUUAGAAAGUGAACCUUUGAUAGAAGAGGUGCUGCAAGGGCUCGAGGCUGCAACAAAUUGUGUUGAUGACAUGGAUGAAUGGUUAGGCAUCUUCAACGUGAAACUUAGACACAUGAGAGAAGACAUUGAAUCUAUAGAAAUCCGCAAUAACAAGUUGGAGAUGCAGUCUGUAAAUAACAAAUCACUGAUUGAAGAACUUGAUAAGCUUCUCGAACGGUUGCGUGUCCCUUCUGAAUAUGCAGCAUGCCUAACAGGUGGUUCAUUUGAUGAGGCCCGCAUGCUUCAAAAUAUUGAAGCGUGUGAAUGGUUAACUGGUGCUUUGCGUGGUCUUCAAGUACCUAAUCUCGAUUCUACCUUUGCAAACAUGCGUGCUGUUAAAGAGAAGCGAGCAGAACUUGAGAAAUUGAAGUCUACUUUUGUUAGGAGAGCUUCCGAAUUUUUGAGAAACUACUUUGCUAGUUUGGUGGAUUUCAUGAUAAGUGACAAGAGUUACUUUUCACAACGGGGGCAGUUGAAGAGGCCUGAUCAUGCAGACUUAAGGUACAAAUGCAGGACAUAUGCUCGCCUUUUGCAACAUUUAAAGAGUCUUGAUAAGAAUUGCUUGGGUCCUUUGAGGAAAGCAUAUUGUAGCUCCCUUAACUUGCUUCUUCGCCGUGAGGCCCGUGAGUUUGCUAAUGAGCUUCGUGCUAGUACGAAAGCGUCAAGAAAUCCAACUGUAUGGCUUGAAGCUUCCACAGGCUCCAACCAAAGUGCACAAACUGCAGAUACGUCGUCAGUUUCAGAUGCUUAUGCCAAAAUGCUGACAAUUUUUAUCCCACUCCUCGUAGAUGAGAGCUCUUUUUUCGCGCACUUCAUGUGCUUUGAAGUUCCUGCGUUGGUUCCCCCUGGAGGUGUUGCUAAUGGUAAUAGAGGUGGAAAUGAGGCCGAUGAUGAUGACGAUUUGGGUAUUUUGGACAUUGAUGAGAAUGACAGUAAAGCUGGUAAACAGUCAGCAGAUCUGUCAGCACUAAAUGAAUCUCUUCAGGAUUUACUGGAUGGAAUCCAAGAAGAUUUCUAUGCCGUUGUCGAUUGGGCAUACAAGAUUGAUCCCCUACGCUGCAUAUCAAUGCAUGGGAUUACAGAGCGUUAUCUCUCUGGUCAGAAAGCUGAUGCAGCAGGAUUUGUGCGUCUCUUACUUGGUGACCUGGAGUCAAGAAUUUCUAUGCAAUUCAGCCGUUUUGUUGAUGAAGCUUGCCAUCAGAUUGAAAGAAAUGAGCGUAAUGUGCGGCAGAUGGGGGUGUUAUCUUACAUACCUAGGUUUGCAACUCUUGCAACUCGCAUGGAACAGUACAUUCAAGGGCAAUCCAGGGAUUUGGUUGAUCAGGCAUACACAAAAUUCGUUAGCAUAAUGUUUGUAACUUUGGAAAAAAUUGCGCAAACAGAUCCGAAAUAUGCAGACAUUUUUCUUUUAGAAAACUAUGCAGCUUUUCAGAAUAGCUUAUAUGACCUAGCCAAUUGUGUUCCAACAUUGGCCAAGUUUUAUCACCAGGCAAGUGAAGCUUAUGAACAAGCCUGCACUCGUCACAUCAGUAUGAUCAUCUAUUAUCAAUUUGAACGACUCUUCCAGUUUGCCCGCAAGAUUGAGGAUUUGAUGUACACAAUUACACCAGAAGAGAUACCUUUCCAGCUAGGAUUGUCAAAAAUGGAUCUCCGGAAGAUGUUGAAAGCGAGUCUAUCUGGCGUUGAUAAGUCCAUCAGUGCGAUGUCUAAGAAGUUGCAGAAAAACUUAACCUCAGAAGAGUUACUACCAUCUUUGUGGGACAAAUGCAAGAAAGAGUUUUUGGACAAGUAUGAAAGUUUUGCCCAGCUCGUCGCCAAGAUAUAUCCAAAUGAAACCAUCCCGUCUGUGCCAGAAAUGAAAGAUCUUCUGGCGUCAAUGUAAAGAAGCUUUGUAGAGGGACAAUUAUGUUGUAUAAUCCUUUAGUUUUUUUUUUUUCUGUUGAAGUAUAGAGGUGCAUUACCCUGAUGUAAUUAUUCCUUUUUGAUCCUCUCUCUUUUUCUAAACUUUCAUCAUUAUUGAUUCAUUGAACAAACUUUUAGAUGAUUUGAAUUGCAUUGUAUGGAACUUCUCUAUAUAAUACAAUCAUCGAUUUGAUAA